AUGCUGAUGCUGAGGCUGAGGCUGAAUCUGAGGCUGAAUCUGAAGCUCAGGCUAGGGCUGAGGCUGAGGCUUAGACUGAAGCUGGGGCUUGGAUUGAAGAUGGAGCUAUAUGCUAGGUUAUUUUUUAUCUUUUUUUAUUAUUUACUCUUGCUGUUUUAUGUUCACAUCUAAUACCUUUUUUUAGCUGUACAAAACCGCCAUUUGCCACUACUAUCUUCCAUUUGUAUCAAGAUCAUUUAAAGCCGAGGUUACCAAUUAGCUGGGCACAAUUGGAGGCGUUGCUGUUUAAAAACGGCCGUUGCAUUUAA